UACUGCCCAUCUCUAUUACGAUUAUUCGUUUUAAUUUGAAUAAUGGAGUCCAAGUGGAAGAACGGUGUUUUCCACCACGGUACCAUCGCGACGAACAAAAUCGGGUUUCUUUUUCCAGAAAAACCUCGACCAAUUUGGAACAAGAAAAACGUUUGGUACCAGACCAAAAUUGAGACUAUAUUGGGCCGAUGGUUCCGCGCAUUGACAAUUCUCGGAUGCACUUCUUUUUACGUGAAGAAUGGAGAAUUUCGAACUAGUAUUCCUAGAUUUUUCUACCCAGUCUUUUUAAUCGCAAUGGAUAGUUUUUUGAUCGGUUAUUUGGUGUACUAUGACGCAUACUAUACCAAGUUGUCAAUUUUGGAACGUUAUUUACUGUGCUUUGAAGAAGUCACUUUUUUUCUUGUCCCGAACGUCUUUUACAUCUUCUUGCAGAGAAGGAAGAGAAAGUGGAUCGUUUUGCUGACCAAUUUAAGUAAAGUAGAAAAUCAUCUGGGUGAAGUUCACAACCGUUAUUACAAAUUUGUCUUUUUCUUAAUUGCACCUUGUAUAAUCCUAGUAGCUGUAAUUUCGAGUUUUCUUGUGCAAAUAAACCUCUUACUCGGGUUAGUAGAAUUUUUUACGAUAUUAACUGCAACAUCUUCCUUUACCGCUGUAAAUCUCUACGGCUUCUUGCUGAAAACCAUCAGAUCGAAUUACGAGUUGAUAAUUUCAAAAAUAAGCAAAACUGAUGGCAGAUCGAUAAAUGGCAUAAUGGACAUCUCUAACACACUGCUAAACGUUUGUUCGGAGAAUUGGUCGACAAGCUGGAAAAACUACAGUAGCCGAGGUGAUCCUGAAGUUAGCAUGGCCAUAUUUCUACAUCAUACAGACAGCGAUAAUCAUAUAUUCGAGCGCAGAAACAACAAAAAAGGUGAGCGCGCACUUCAAUAUGAUGCACACUCACCAAUUCAAUCGGCAAAAACUAAAAUUGGUUGUAUUUAGUUGUUAAAAUACCUGGACGAGUAGAACCUAAA